AUCAGUGUUGCUAAGCAACAAGACUCGCCAGCCGAACGCGAGGGCAGCCAAUUGUCUUAAGCUGCCCCGCUAGACCCUAUCCGAGGAAUUUGUCUUCCCUAUUCCUUUCCCUUUUUCCUCCAAGUUCCCUCCGCCCGCAAGCAGGCCCACAACUGCCCCUGCGCCUCCUCAAGAAAUGCAAAAACCUUUGUGAUGUUGUCCGCAAAAGCAGCUAAGUACUAAGGAAGAUGGCACACAAUAUUCUGAAGCUGCCGUUUACACAAAAAAAAUUUCUGAAGCUGCCCAUAUCGCUCAAUUCUGGUUCUUUGAUUAGUUUAAGAAGUAGGAGCCUUUUCUUUUCGUCGAAACUACUCUGCCCUCUUCCACAUUUCUCCGUAAAAUGGUCCAAUGCCCACAUGCAUUGUCGCGUCAGAGGCUUUGCUGCUGUGAAGUCGGGAAAGAUUCAACCACAGAAAAAGAAAAAGAGAUUGGAUGAAAUAUGUCUUGAAAGAUUUCAACAAUACAGUCGGACAUUCAUACAGUCAUGGAUCCUACAAGGCAAAGUAUUUGUUGAUGGAAAAGUUGUAUAUAAAGCUGGAACUCCCAUCCCUGAUAAAGCUGUUGUAGUGAUCAAGGCAGAAAUUCCUAAAUAUGUAUGUAGAGCUGGACACAAGUUAGAGGCUGCCAUUGAACAACUUGGUGUUGAUGUCAGCGGGAAAGUAGCUCUUGAUUCCGGAUUGUCUACUGGAGGGUUUACAGAUUGCUUACUUCAGUAUGGUGCUUCUUAUGUUUAUGGAGUAGAUGUUGGAUAUGGACAGGUAGCAGAGAAAAUCCGCCAGGAUGAGCGGGUGUCUGUGAUAGAGCGGACAAAUUUAAGAUAUCUUUCGGAACUCCCACAAAAGGUUGAUUUAGUGACUUUGGACCUCUCGUUUAUAUCCAUACUCUUGGUGAUGCCUGCUGUGGUCAAUGUGAUGAAGGAAGAAGCUACUCUAGUUACUCUAAUUAAACCUCAAUUUGAAGCUCGUAGAUCCCAAGUUGGAAGUGGUGGCAUUGUGAGAGAUCCAGCAGUGCAUCAAGAGGUGCUUGACAAAAUCAUAAAGGGUGUGGAAGAUUACGGCUUCAGUUGCAAGGGUUGGAUCGAGUCUCCCUUAAAGGGUGCGGAAGGUAAUGUAGAAUUUUUAGCUUGUUUUUGUCGAACCGCGGUGAAAUUCUGAUCCUUUCGAGCAGAGAAGCAACGCGAGGACUCAGCGUCUAAUGGGCUCAGCCUUAUUGACUUGCAUGACUGCAUUUUUCGUAUGGGUCUGCCAUUCGCAAUACAACCUCAUCUUGCUUAACAAGUCUGGGAAUAGGCAAUUACAUGAGGUCCCAUAGGUUGAUUUUUUCCCGUGCUUUGGCCUUGUAUUUGGUUCUGAUGUAUAUUAUGCAUGGUUCAUUGUGGGGCUAGCAGUUCAGCAUAUCUGUUAGAAUUAUCAAAUUCGAGUCUGCUUUUGGAGCACUUAAAGCAGCUUCAUUCGCGCAGACAAAUCCCAUUGUUUUGCGAUAUCAGUACAGUUGGCCUGUC